AUGCCGUCGUCUAGCUCUGCUACGUCUACCGCCAACGGUCGCUCCAGCCGGACUGGAACUUCCAAAGGCACGGUCGUCCUCAAGCUGUCCUCUGACCUACUGAGUCGUUUUGCCAGUCCUGCCGACGUUAAAAGCAAGAUCAACAGCACCGACCUUCUCAGCUCUCCCAUCAAGAAGGAAACAAAGGAUAUGAAGGAAUCCUCUCCUGCCUCGUCUUUCGCGGACCCACCGAUUCCCCCUUCGUCCGUCGAUAAUGCCUCAGAUGCUGCCUCAACUCCCGCUACAGGUGCUGCGUCUGCAGAAACUCCUCGUCGGAAGGGUGUGCCUGGUCCUAAGCCUGGAAGCAAGAGAGGUCUCAACCAGACGGGUGAAGCGGUUCCCAAGGCGCGAGGGAAGCCUGGGCCGAAAAAGAAGCCUAGACUUGAUGAUGGAAACCUCGACGCAGCCAAACCCCUUCCACCUGGUCACAAGCUAGGCCCCAAGGCCAACACUGGUGCCAUUAAUGCUGGUCUGCGUGCUUUGGAUCGCUCGGGUGCUCCGUGUCGCAAGUGGCAGCGCAAGCCUCUACAACUCAAGAGCUUUACCGGCAUUCAAUGGCAGCUUUCCACCUGGAGCUUGCCCAAGUCCCAGAACCCCGAGCAGAACGGCGAAGUCAACGCGACUGUUCUUGAGACGGGUGACAGCGACAGCAAGGCCAACCAGAGUGCCAGUGGUGUCCCCAGCGAGAAAAGCAACUCUGGAGAUGGGGGUCUCACGCCAGUUCCUCAGCCAAUGGUCGAGGCUUCUUCUCCCGCUAUUGCAAUGACCGCCUAG